AUGGAUGAAAUCGAUAAUAAUGGGAACCCAGACGGGGACCCGACAUCCGAAGUGGUGGGAUCCAAUCGCCCGCAAUCUCCGCGCCUGCCGGCAAGACGAAGUGGUGAUCAAAAGUGGCGGCUAUUGAUGGAACAGCAGAAUCGGAAUUUCUUAGCUCUAUUGGAAACUUUGAACAAGCCGCAACAGUCAACAUCAAAGGAAAUUCGUCUGCCAGAAUUUGAUCCUGACAAACCAGAUGUCGACGCACGAGCCUGGGUAUCCACCGCCGGCAUGUGCAUCGAUGAUCCACAAUGCCAAGGAACACCUUUAAUGAUGGCACUGAGUCGAGCGCUUAAGAAGCAAGCGUCCACCUGGCUUGCCACCGUCGCCUUCCCAGGAAUGAAAUGGAGCGACUUCAAAGAACUUUUUAUUACAAGGUAUGACUCAUGUGAAACAGCAGCUGCUUUCUUAAUUAAUCUGAAUUCGAAGAAACCAGACGAAAAAGAAUGCCUCGCUUCCUACGCAUCCGGUUUAAUGUCGUCACUUAUGUCAAGAUGGAAAGGACUUACUACCGAGCAAAUAGCCAUCGCUACUGUUUUGAAUCACUUAUCACGUUUUGAGCCACGUGUUCAACGGUUGUCAUUUACAACGGAUAUCAAGACCCGAAAUCAACUACAACAGGAGCUUAAGGCAGUCUCGUUUUUGAAACGGAAAUCUUCAUCGAAUAAUGACGACGAUGAGCCUGAGCCUAAGAAGAGUCAAAUAGCUGGAGUCAACACAAACAUUAAGUGCUACUUUUGUGGAAAAUUAGGACACAAGUCAAAUCAGUGUUUUUCAAAAAGAAAAGAAGAAAACCGACUGAAGAUUGACGCUAUCAGGAAGGAUCCAACUGCAGAGAGGCCAAUCACUUGCUUCUCGUGCCGCGAGCAGGGCCACUACGCGAGCAGCUGUCCGAAGAGGAGUGCACCAGGGGAGAGCAGCACCGAGCCGACAGCCGCCAAGAAGAAACGAGUGGACUUAUGCGUCGUUGCUAACCCAACUGGACUCAUGCGACUAUCCGGUACGUCACACGAGGACGUGUGAGAUGUCAAGAUGGCCGUGUCGACGAGUUAGCUGGUAUCGCAACUCGUACUAGAUUUAAGGGUCAAUUAAUUACUUUCUGAGCAGAGCAGCGCCAUCUAUGGUAACCUGCAUUGAUUUCUUGCCAAUUGAUUUUAUCGCCAUCUACCGGUGACCGCUAGAAACGCCAAGCGGUAAGCUUGGGUGUGGUCGAUGCAGAGCUAGCGCUGGUAAUUCGUUAGGUUGGCAAACCGGACAAAGGGGAAGUGUCAGGUAGGCCAACCGUCGAAUGGUCCCCUCCACGUGGUCGUCCCGGAUGACGACGGCAACGACAUUCGGGUCGUGACGAUCGUGGCGAGUGCACGCUAAGCUAGCUCUGUGACGAACGCACCGCGUUUCUUAGAAUAAAAUUGUGUCUACUUAAAUUCUAAUCCGCUUACAUCUAAGUAAUCAUAGUUGAUUUUUGUAUUGUUUG